AUGUCCGGUCGUGGUAAAACCGGAGGAAAAGGUCGGGCUAAGGCUAAGACCCGUUCGUCCCGAGCUGGCCUACAGUUCCCGGUGGGUCGAAUCCACCGCCUGCUGCGUAAGGGGCAUUAUGCCGAGCGAGUUGGGGCUGGUGCCCCCGUUUAUCUAGCUGCAGUUCUCGAGUACCUGACUGCAGAGAUCCUCGAGUUGGCGGGCAACGCGGCCCGGGACAAUAAGAAGAGCCGCAUCAUUCCCCGCCACCUGCAGCUCGCCAUCCGCAACGACGAGGAGCUCAACAAGCUGCUGGGAGGGGUCACCAUCGCCCAGGGCGGCGUUCUGCCCAACAUCCAGGCCGUGCUGCUGCCCAAGAAAACCGGGCACCCCAGCAAGGUCUACGCCUGA